GCAAGGUGCAUAGCUACUUUCAUCGCCGUACCUUUUCGUUAUCUAGUUGGAGGUCCGAGUGCGCUAGUUAUUUUUAUCGAAUAUAUUUUGUACAUGGUAAUUUUUUCUAGGUUUGAAAUAGGUUUAGGUGUAGUUUAGAACGCGACUUUAAUUUGCUUAAAAACUAUUUUUUUUCCUAACAGCCCGCUGAGACUGUGAUGAGGAGAAAGAGCUCUGUGUCUCAGUCACUGUGUUUUUGUUGAUGUUGGCGGCGGCGAAGCUGGGGACAGUCGCGUUUUGACAAUUUAGCAAAUAACCAAAAGACGUAGAAUAAUAAUAAAAAAGACCACUGGAUAUCGAAAUGGGACGACGGUCGCACUAUAUUUUGGCAUUAUUUUUCUUCCCUGCGGUAUUUUGUUUGGAUUUCAGCGGAACGAGGGUGUCGCGUAAGACGCAGUCUCUUCACAUGGAUGUAGCGGGACAGACCAGCAGGUCCGCCGUGGAGGUUUCAGAUUAUGCGCAUAUGAUAAAAAAGAGAAGCGCAGAUGACAGCGGGAACACAUGCAAUAGUCUACAGGGAUACAACGCCAAAUUACACAGCAACACUCACAGUAACACAUUUAAUGAUCUCAGUGGAUCAGUGGCUCUGGCCUGGAUAGGAGAUGGAACAGGGGUUGUGUUGGCCUUGACAACAUUUCAGAUGCCCAUUUUCUUGCUACGAUUUGGCCAGUCAAGACUUUACAGGAGCGAGGACUAUGGAAAGACAUUCCAGGACGUCACAAAUCUUAUUAACAACACAUUUAUCAGUACUGAGUUUGGAAUUGCCAUUGGCCCUGAGAAUUCUGGUAAGGUGAUUCUUACAGGAGAUGUGUCUGGAAGCAGUGGAUCCAGGAUCUUCCUGUCCACUGACUUUGGAAACCUUUUUACUCCAUUGGACCUGCCUUUCAACCCUCGCAUACAGAUUAUGUAUAACCCUGAAAAUUCUAAUGUGCUUGUGGCCAUCAGUGACAAGAACGAACUCUGGAUUUCAGAGGAUUUUGCUGUAACAUGGAAGAAAAUCUACGAGACUGUGUGUGUGGUCAAAUGGGGAGAAGACAACACACUCUUCUUCACCACCAACCUGAACGCAUCCUGCUCUGACAGGGGGGAGCUUGUCCUGAUAAAAUCAGUAGACAAUGGCAAAACAUUUAAGACAAUCGCUGAAAAGAUCUACUCCUUUGGCAUUGGGGGCCGGUUCCUCUUCGCCUCCAUCAUGACUGGAUCAGGAAUGAUGCGAAUGAUCCAUGUGUCAACAGACCAGGGCGAGGAAUGGAACAUGGCUCAGCUUCCUCCUGUAGGGCAUGAACAGUUCUACUCUAUACUUGCAGCCAACGAUGAAAUGGUCUUUAUGCAUGUAGAUGACCCCGGGGACACUGGUUUUGGAACCAUCUAUGUGUCUGACGAUAGGGGCAUGGUGUACUCCAAAUCUUUGGAGCGUCACCUUUACACGGCUACAGGAGGUGACAACGAUUUCACAAAUGUCACGUCACUCAGAGGAGUAUUCAUGACCAGUGUGCUAGCUGAAGACAACUCUGUGCAGACAGUGGUAACGUAUGAUCAGGGAGGAGAAUGGGUGCCCUUAAAGAAACCAGAGAACAGCCAAUGUGAUUCCACAGCUAAAGAUAAAAAUAAGUGUAGUCUUCAUAUUCAUGCUUCUUACAGUAUCUCAAUGAAGCUGAAUGUUCCAGUGCUGCCUCUGACUGAGCCUAAUGCUCUUGGACUGAUAAUUGCUCAUGGCAGUGUAGGAGAUGCCAUCUCAGUGCUGACUCCCGAUGUAUAUGUAUCUGAUGAUGGUGGCUACACAUGGAUGCGUGCUCUCAAGGGCCCCCAUCACUACGCCAUCCUUGACUCAGGAGGCCUGCUAGUGGCUGUGGAGCACAACCCCAAAGUGCCAGUUUCUCAGAUCAAAUUUUCUACAGAUGAGGGCCAGUGCUGGCAUGUGUACAAUUUCACUGAGGAGCCAAUCUAUUUCACUGGGCUUGCCUCAGAGCCAGGGGCUCACUCCAUGAAUGUUAGCAUUUGGGGCUACAGAGAUUCUGUGCUCAGCCAGUACUGGGUCUCGAUCACCAUUGAUUUCAAAGAGCUCCUGACUCGGGACUGUGCUGAUAAAGACUAUGUGCAGUGGCUGGCGCAUUCCGAUGACAUCAGUGAUCCUGAGGAUGGCUGCAUGCUGGGUUACAAGGAGCGUUUUUUGCGGCUCAAGAAAGACUCUGUGUGUUGGAACGGACGUGAUUAUGUCGUCACCAAGCAGCCCACACCUUGUCUCUGCACGCUAGAUGACUUUCUUUGUGAUUUUGGAUAUUACCGUAAAGAGAACAGCUCAGAGUGUUUGGAGCAGCUUGAGCUCAAAGGCCAUGAUCUGGAGAUCUGCAUCCAUGGCAAGAAGGAACAAUUGCAGACCAAUGGGUAUCGGAAGAUUCCUGGAGACAAGUGUGAGGGUGGUAAAAACCCUGAGCGAAAGGUGAUUGAUAUGAGUACAAAGUGUAUCAGCAAUCUACUGGAUCCACAAUUGCAGACUCAGGAAGUGGAGCAGCCAAAACAUUCUGCCCUUAUUAUUGUGGUGGUGAUUGCUGUCCUGCUGAUAAGUUGUGUUGCUGGGGUUAUUUUUGUUAAGAAGUACGUCUGUGGUGGAAGAUUUCUGGUGCAUAGAUACUCCAUUUUGCAGCACAGUGUCGAGGCUAAUGGCAUAGAGGGAGUGGAUGAGCCUUUGGAUACAAAUGUGGCAGGACACCCAAAGACCAGCUUCCAUGAGGACUCAGAUGAGGACCUCCUGGAGUAACAACAAUGAGUCAGCGCCAGCAGAAACUAGGAGCUCUCGGUCUCCUUUUAUUCCUCGGGCACCUUUACUGCUGUUUCUAUUCCUGCUCUAAAGCACAACCCAGCCUUGAGCAUCUUCAAGCCUCGAAUAACUCCGCUCUAGUUCCUGCUUCUUCAGUAGGAGUGAAUUGCAGUUUUGCUAUUAAAGCAUCUCAUAAAGUUAACUGUGCAGUCAGUGGUUAAAUGACUGGAGCUUAGAUGAUACCUUGCCUGGGGAGCAAGCUUUAUAGGAGGACAAUAUCUCAGAAUUAACAGUAGGGCUUUUGCCAUGGCACUUAACUCUUAUACAGAACCUUUUACCUUCUUUACAAAUUUAUGCUGAUCAGAGUAAGUGGUACUGAUUGUAGUGUAAAAAGUUAGUCUGGGGAUAACAGUGAAUCAUAUCACCUCAAUAUUUGACAUAAGCAUGAAAUAUGACUGUGAUAUUAGAGAUAUUUUUGAUAUGAGAUAUAUUUCCCCACUUCUGUUAUUUGGAAAAUAUUCUAUCAAAAAUAUAUGGUUAAUCAAGUUUUAUCAAGCAUCAGAAAGCAAUACAGUGCAUAGAUACAGUGCAUCUGCAUGUAUCCGCAUACUCAUAGGCCAUACUUUUGUCAGUUUCUCUAAAAGGGAGAAAAGAUUUAGUGUUCUUAAAAUAAUGCUACUGUGUAGAUGCCUAUUAUAAUACCUCCUUGUGGCUGUAUAAACAAUUUAUUGAGAAGGUUACCUUAUUUUACCCAGAGGAAGGGAGAAUUUAAAUGUGGAAAUGUGGAAAGAAAUGUUGGGGUUGUAUCUAAGUAUACUGUAAAUGUCCUGGGAUAAAUUUGUAGUUGACUGUUAGUUUUAUAAUAAUUUUCUGACAUUUUGUGUCGCUCAGCAGUUUUUGCACUGUGAACUACAAAAUGGUAAAAUGAGGCCGACGGGCACUUUUGUAAAAUGUCUAAGCAAAAACCUGGCUUUGAGAAUCCCUGCUGAUGGACAAAUAGGAGUCAUACAAUAUUUCCAUGUCAUGUCAUAUCCAUAGUUCUACUUUGUAUAAAGGAAGCUCACAUAUAAUGUCUUUUUCAUAUUUUGAGUUUGUAUGCUCAGGUGAAAUUUGCAGUAAUUCUAAAACAUUAAGCAAUACCUUUUCAUGAUUAGUUGACCAUGAGACUAACAAAUACAGAAUGGGCCCAUUGUGUUUAAACUGAGAACAAGGAUGGAUCCCGUCAACCCCCCACCUCCUGAAAGGCAACCCAGGCGAAAAGCUUUGACUAUUCAAAUCAGUAGAACAUGACACCUUUUGAGAUUGUGUGUUUUGAGACCAAGUUAACUCGCUGUUCGUUUGAUAGAUUUUAGCUUCUUAUGAGAUCUUCAAUGUAUCACAACCAGCAUGUUUUUAUUCACCCAAUGAAACACUGUCAGAAUUGCUUUGUAAUUUAAUAAUCUAUACUCUGUUCUUUUUCUUUUUGUGUUUAUUUACAGUUUAACUAUAACUACAUCUUAUUUAAGACAGUUACCUAUUGGUUUUAUUAAGGCAGAUUUUAUUAAGAAGUAAUAAUGGUGUGUAUAUUGAUUCAAAGUGCCUACUGUGAAGGUGUUUGCACUUUCAAAAAGAACUUUUAAGCCCAUCUGGUUAAAGGAUUGACAUUAAGGAGGCAGAUUCUCGUAGAUUUAAUAAUUUACUUGAUAGACAGGUGUUGAAGCUGAUUAAUAUGUUCCUUGAUUUUUUUUUUUUCUUUUGAAUUUGGGUCAUGUGUGAAAACUGAAGGCUUCUCAUGAAGUAGUGUUCGAUAUACUAAACCAUCAGGGUUUAACAGUUUGCCAUUUUGGAAAAUUAUGCCUAAAUAUGUAAAAAUUCUCUAUUGUGUUUUAGGAUUAAUUUUCAAAGCGUACUUCUAUGCAUGCUUUCUUAGCGAAUAGGUCACGACACACUUCGGUGGCGGUUGGGGUUAUACUUUUAAGAUGACGGCUGCAGCACAAAGACUAUAUGGGGUUUCCUACUUGAAGUUAAGAUGUUUGCUUUGUGGGUUGUAAUAAGUUUCUUGCCUUUGAUAAUCAAUGUAAAUAACAUGAAGCUGGCUUUGUAAAUAUAAACCUAGAGUUACCUUUGUAUUCCCCCAAUUUUGCUCUGUAUAUUCUGAAAUAAAUAAGACUCCACCCUUUUUGUCUAAUUUA